AUGACGAUGCUUUUUGUAAAUACGCUAAAGGCCCCUUUUAUCACACACAUGCUAGGCAGUGCCACGAAAAAUUUUGCUGACAUAGUCAUGAGCGGUGAGAUAAUUGAAAUUGCUGUAAAAAGCGGGAAAAUAGAUGUUGGAGAUAAUAACAGAAGACAAAAUUCAAAGAAAAAAGAAGGUGAGGUAAACAACGUGAAUACACAUAGCAAGUCAAUUACGGUGAAUCAGCCUAGAAAGGUGGUGGCAGGUCAACAGGGUUCAUCAAAACAGGAAUCUGGUACAAGGCCAAGUAAUGAGAGGCCUCAGUUUACACCCAUUCCUAUGUCGUACAAAGAGUUGUAUCAGAAUUUAUUUAACGCGCAUGUUGUUGCCCCAUUUUAUUUGACUCCCUUACAGCCUCCAUAUUCUAAAUGGUAUGACGCAAAUGCACAAUGCGAUUACCAUGCAGGAGUUACGGGGCACUCCAUAGAGCAUUGUACUGCUUUUAAAAAGCUUGUUGAGAAGUUGAUUCAGAUGGGCGUUGUCAAGAUAGAUGAUUCAUCAGGUACAGAAAAUCCAUUACCCAAACAUACUGAUGCAAGGGUAAACAUGGUAGGUGAAGUUACGGGGAAGAAGGUCAAGAAGAAUAUUGAUGAGGUAAGGAUCCCUUUGAGGAGGGUUUGGAAGGAAAUGGUAAGAAGAGGGUUGAUUGUUUCGGAUGUGGUGGAGAGUGACGAGACCCAAAAUUAUUGUGAGUUCCAUCAUGAGGUAGGACAUGAAAUUCAGGUAUGUGAGAAGUUCAGAGCUCUGGUCCAGAGCAUGAUGGAUGUUGGAGAAAUAGAGUUUUUUGAAGAGGAAGAAAGAAAAGGAAGUAUAUGCGUAUCGGAGUUAGAGACGAGGAUUCCGAAGAUUAUCAUCUCGCGCCCUAGGGUUACUGAAGUCAAGACACAAGUGACACCGAAGAUUGUUAUUCAAAAGCCGACAAAGUUUUUGUAUAAGAAUAGCAAGAAAGUCCCCCGGAAUUAUGAAUGCGAGAUAACAAUUUCGGGGAAGGAAGCUUCAAUUAGUGUUGCGAAAGAAAACCAAAAGACAGGUAUUCGUGUGAAUACUGAGAAGUAUGGUAGUGGGAUAAAUUCUCAAGCAGAAUCAGUAGAGGGAAAAGUCUUUGCAGCAGAGCAAAAGGAAGAGAAGAAGGCUGAAUUAAGUGUUGUAGAGCAGCUGCAUAAACAGCCAGCUCGUAUAUCGGUGUUGGCCUUGCUCAAGAAUUCAGAGGUGCAUCGAAAUGCGCUGAUGAAGGCGUUAAAUGAAGCCUACGUGGCAAGUGAUAUUUCUGUCAACCAAUUGGAUCGGUUGAUCAACAAUAUAAGCGCUGAUAAUUUUAUCUUCUUCAAUGAUGACGAAAUACCAUCUGGAGGUAUGGGGUCCACGAAAGCUCUGCACAUUACUGCUUGGUGUAAAGGAAGCCUGGUGUCGGGAGUUUUAAUUAAUAAUGGGUCUGCAUUGAAUGUACUGCCCUUAUCUACUCUCAAUAGGCUACCUGUGGAUAGCUCACAUAUGAAAACAUGUCAAAACGUGGUAAGAGCGUUCGAUGGGACGGGAAGGAAGGUUUUGGGGAGGAUUGAGAUACUGUUGCUGAUAGGCCCAAAUACUUAUAAAGUAGAUUUCAUUGUUAUGGAUAUCAAGCCUUCAUAUAACUGUUUAUUAGGCAGACCUUGGAUACAUUCGGCGGGGGCCGUGCCUUCAAUGCUGCAUCAGAAGUUAAAAUUGGUGACAGAAGGACGGUUAGUGACAAUAAAUGCCGAGGAAAGUAUUAUUGCGUCAGUGACCAGCAAUGCACCAUAUGUGGAGACGGACGAAGAGGCGGUGGAAUGUUCUUUCCGGACUUUAGAGUUUAUUAAUACAACAUUUAUUGCUGAGGGGAAUAGAAUUGAAAUACCGAAGAUAUCCAAGACUACAAGAAUAGGCCUUCAAUUAAUGGUGGGAAGAGGAGCUGUACCCGGAAAAGGUUUGGGAAGAGAUUUGCAAGGAAGAGUUGAAGCACCAGUGAUGAAAGAAAAGUUUGAUCACUUUGGUCUGGGCUAUAGACAGGAUAUAAAACAAAUAAGAAGGGAAAUAGAAAGAAGACAGGAGAGAAGAAAGGCACGUCUGACUGGAAAUGAAGUUAGUUGGGAGCCUAUGGUUUUUCCUCACAUAUCCAAGACCUUCGUUUCGGGAGGGUUUAUUCAUCCGGAACAAAGAGUGCUUGAGGUGGAAGGUGUUGAAGAAAUAUUAGGAGAUAUUCACAUCAAUGCCCUAGACACGGUUGAAAGAGAGACUUGGCUAGAGAUUAGCCUUUACGAGCACGGAAGUGAUCUCGGACAAUUGAUUGCGGAAGAGAUUCCUGUAGUUUUUAGAGCUUGUUCAGAGUCCCCAGAUAUCAAUGAUAUGAGUGACGCUGCUUCAGACUCAGAAUCACCUUUCGAACGAGAUAGAUGUUUAGAAGGAUCACAGAAUUUUGAAGAUGACAUAGACUGUGAUGUAUCUCCGGACUUAUUGAGAAUGGUAGAAGAGGAGGAUCAGCAAAUCUCACAUCAUAGAGAAUCAUUGGAGAUUGUGAGUCUGGAGGAAGGAAAAGAAGUAAAGAUUGGAAUUGACAUUUCUGCCAAGACAAGGCAAGACCUCAUUGAGUUACUCCGUGAAUUCAAAGAUGUCUUUGCAUGGUCAUAUCAAGAUAUACCUUGGUUAAGCACUGAUAUUGUGGUGCACCGUCUUCCUAUAAAAAAGGAUUGCAAGCCAGCUAGUCCAAAAGAUAAUUUUCCGUUGCCUCACAUUGAUACUUUGGUAGAUAAUACUGCAGGCUAUUCAUUGUUUUCUUUCAUGGACGGUUUUUAUGGAUAUAAUCAAAUAAAGAUGCACCCAAAAGACAUGAGAAAGACCACAUUUAUCACUUUAUGGGGAACGUUCUGUUAUAAAGUGAUGCCCUUUGGAUUAAAGAAUGCGGGGGCAACUUAUCAAAGAGCUAUGGUAACUUUAUUUCAUGACAUGAUGCACAAGGAGAUUGAGGUUUAUGUUGACGAUAUGAUUGCGAAAUCCAGAACGGAAGAGGAGCAUGUUCAAGUUCUGCGAAAAUUAUUUUUUAGACUAAGAAAUUUCCAGCUCAAGCUUAAUCCAACAAAAUGCACCUUUGGAGCUAGGUCGGGGAAGUUGUUAGGCUUCAUAGUCAGUGGGAAAGGAAUUGAAGUUGAUCCAGACAAAGUCAGGGCAAUACGAGAUUUGCCUCCACCACACACACAGAAGGAAGUACGGGGUUUUCUGGGAAGAUUGAACUACAUUUCUCGAUUUAUCUCACAACUGACUGAGAAAUGUGAUCCCCUAUUCCGUCUCCUAAAAAAACAUAAUCCAGGCAUAUGGGAUGAAGAAUGCCAGAAGGCUUUUGACAAAUUAAAACAAUAUUUGUCUAAUCCUCCAGUGCUAUCACCACCUAAUCUGGAUAGGCCAUUAAUACUGUAUCUAACAGUAUUUGACAAUUCUAUGGGCAAGCUGGAUUUUGAUUGUACAAAUAAUAUGGCAGAGUAUGAAGCGUGCAUUAUGGGCAUUCGUGCAGCCAUCGAGCGAAAAAUCAAAGUGUUAGAAGUGUAUGGGGAUUCUGCACUAGUGAUAUAUCAACUCAAGGGAGAAUGGGAAACAAAGGGACUCUAA